AUGCAGCAUAACACGUCAUUAUAUGACUCUUUAAACGUUACCACUACUGCAUCGACAUCGGAAAUCAAAAAAGCCUACAGAAACGCUGCAUUGAAGUACCAUCCUGAUAAAAAUAAUCACACUGAAGAAUCCAAGCGGAAGUUUCAGGAGAUAUGUCAGGCAUACGAAGUCCUCAAAGACAAUCAUUUAAGAUCUCUUUAUGACCAGUACGGUACCACGGACGAAGUGCUUAUCCAAGAACAGCACCAGGCACAGGCGCAAGCACAAGCUCAAGCUCAAGCGCAGGCGCGACAGCAGCAGCAGCAGCAACAAGCCAGCGUAUUCAAUUCAUCCGCAGGCUUUGACACGGGAGGAGUGACUUUUCCGGACCUGUCUCCAGGUAAUCUUUUUGCGCAGUUCUUCAAUAGCUCUGCCAGCGCCUCCUCCAAUGGUUCUAAAAAUAACUUCAGCUUCAGCCUUAAUGGCAGCUCUACGCCCAACUUCCCAUUCGGCAACGGCGGAGGCAUGAGUAAUUUGCAAUCUCCACCAUCGAAAUACGGUUCCGAUGAUGAUGGACAUCAUUUACAUAGAGGUCCCGAUAUCAAACACACUUUGAAAUGCACAUUACGGGAACUCUACAUGGGAAAAACUGCAAAAUUGGGCCUGAACAGAACAAGAAUUUGUCACGUCUGUGAAGGACAUGGAGGCUUGCAGAAAUGCACGUGUAAAACAUGUAAGGGCCAGGGUGUUCAAACGCAAACCAAGCGUAUGGGGCCUUUGGUACAAAGUUGGUCACAAACAUGUGCUGAUUGUGGAGGUGCCGGUGUAUUUAUUAGGAACAAAGAUAUCUGCCAACAAUGCCAGGGCCUUGGUUUCAUCAAGCAAAGGAAAAUUCUACAAGUCACUGUUCAGCCAGGUACAAGUCACAACCAGCUCAUAGUGCUGACAGGUGAAGGUGACGAAAUUAUUAGCAAAGGAGGCGGUCAUGAAAAAGUCAUACCGGGUGAUGUUGUCAUUACCAUAUUAAGACUAAAGGAUCCUAAAUUCYAAGUCACUGAUAACUGCAACCUAAUCUACAAGAAAUGUAAAGUCGACUUGAUGAUCAGUUUAUGCGGAGGUAUCGUUUACAUCGAGGGACAUCCUAGUGGUAAAUUAAUCAAGCUCGAUAUCAUACCUGGUGAAGUACUUAAGCCCAAUUGCUUCAAGACUGUCGAAGGAAUGGGUAUGCCUAAGUUUAUUAAUGGAGUUCGAAGUGGAUUCGGUCAUCUGUACGUCAAAUUUGAUGUGGGCUAUCCGGAGAGACUGGAGCCUGAAAAUGCCUUGAAAUUACAGAAAAUUCUGGCCCAAGAUAAAUACAUUCAGGCUGAACAACAAGCCUCAGAAACCACGGAUGCUGACUGCUAUUGCGAUUUGGAAAAAUCCUACCACGCUGUAGAAGAACACGUCCUAAGCAGUUUUGAGGCCCCCGAUAUGAGUAAUGAAGUUAUUGAAAACGAUGACCUUGACGAUCUGAAUCAUGAGAAAGAUACUCGUAAAAGAAAUAAUCACCGAUUCGAAGAAAGCGCUAAUAAUAAUGAAACGAAACGAAAUAAAUAUUCCUCUCCUGCCUCCGGUUUCUAUGACCAUGACAUCAAUGGAUAUUGA